UGCUGUCAGACCCAUAACCAAUCGAAUUUCAAACCCCACCCAUGAAUACCGCUAUGCUGAACAUGUCAAAGGCCAGUGCGUCAAUGUCCUCCGUUUCGGGGAACCAUAUUUAAUUUCAUGUGUAUCAGUUAGCCUAAUGGCGUCAUUUCUCCGAGGUUAGGCUACCGGAAUUGCGUCAUGAAUAUUCAAAUUCGGUUUCAUUCAGUGGAUCCCGGACUCGAACUCUCCUCAACGCCGACAGAAGGUCAAAGUGAUCAGGCAAACUUGUCAAUGAGGAUUGUUGCAGCUGUUUAGCAAGUCUAGCAGCGCGUGCAGCCAGCGCUGAAUGGAAUUGCUUUUUGCUGGACAAAUGGGAAAGGCAUUGUGGCUGACCAAAAACUAUACUAAAGACAACAGAGUGUCCUGAGAGUGUUUCCACCAGUAACGAGUUGGAAAGAAGACCAGCAUUGACAAGCAAUGCACAAGCAUUGAUCAGGCUCAAGAGUCAUAUUGUAGCGGUCAUGUUUUCAGGAGAGUCAGCAGCCCCUUCUGGAGGAGGACGCAGACCCAGGCUCCAUAAAGACCAGGGGAGGCAGGCAGAAUGUCCUGCCCCAGACCCAGCUGCGACACUGUCUGAGCAACUCCUCGUCCUGGAGAUUCUCCUUGAAUAGAAGCCUUCAUACUGGAGACACUGAGACGGAUCGCGACUCUGGAUCCCCUCGGCAGGAAGAGUAUGACAGCACCACCAGGAGAAGGCAGCCUUAGUCCAGCCGAGACAGUAUUGAUUGCAUGGCAGUUUCUUCUCACAGCCUCAUAACCAGCCUCUAAUGCCUCUGUUUAACCUGCCUGACCAGUCUAACCUGGUUUAGCUUGUCUAACCUGGUUUAGCUUGUCUAACCUGGUUUAGCCUGCCGGACCUGUCUAACCUGGUUUAACCUGUCUGACCUGCCUGACCAGUCUAACCUGGUUUAGCCUGUCUAACCUGGUUUAGCCUGCCUGACCUGUCUAACCUGGUUUAGUCUGCCUGACCUGUCUAACCUGGUUUAACCUGUCUGACCUGCCUAACCUGGUUUAGCUUGUCUAACCUGGUUUAGCCUGCCUAACCUGUCUAACUUGGUUUAGCCUGCCUGACCUGUCUAACCUGGUUUAACCUGUCUGACCUGCCUGACCUGGUUUAGCGUGCCUGUGGAAACUCCAGGUGUAGCAGAGCCCAAUGGGAUGAGAUGGGGAGCAUCUAUCUCUCUUCCUGUCUAAAGACUUUCAUUGGCUUCAUAACAGCAGGUAACUGCCUCAAAGCCAUAUAGGCUCUCGCUAUCUCUGGUCAUCCUCUCACUAGUCCCAUGAGCAGUAACCCUACGGAAGACAACCCAGGUAAUGCUGCCAGCCAGGACACACCCAGGUAAUGCUGCCAGCCAGGACACCCACAGGUAAUGCUGCCAAUCAGGACACCCCCAGGUAAUGCUGCCAGCCAGGACACCCCCAGGUAAUGCUGCCAGCCAGGACACCCCCGGGUAAUGCUGCCAGCCAGGACACCCCCGGGUAAUGCUGCCAGCCAGGACACCCCCGGGUAAUGCUGCCAGCCAGGACACCCCCAGGUAAUGCUGCCAGCCAGGACACCCCCAGGUAAUGCUGCCAGCCAGGACACCCCCAGGUAAUGCUGCCAGUCAGGACAGACAAUUAGUCGAUGUUCUGGUUGGUGUGGUGAGGGUGGUAGACCCUUUGUCAUGACCAUUUGUCAUGAUGAUAUUUUAUCAAGGAGAUAUUGGAUAUUAUUAUUAUUUUAAAUUUUUUAUAUUUGGUCGUUUUACACAGAAGAAGCAGUAGCCUAAAUUCAGAACCAGGUUCGCUGUGUGUGGAAAAAGGGGGUGGAGAGGAGGGACCAUGGGGCCAUCACGGACCUCCCUCCCGUCCGUUACCAUGACAACAGCCAUGGAUGGGGGAGCCACAUGUGGAGGGAGGAGAGGAGAUCAGUACAGGUGUUGAUGUGGUUUCCGCGUGGCUUUAUUCAGCCUUGCUGUGAUGACUGUAGGUUACUGGACAUGGAUAGCUGCGGUCAGAACACCUACGCAAUCUCACCAUAGUUUCCCAUUGUAUUCGGAAACCUUGCUUUUCGGGAAUACGAAGUGUAUAAUUUAAUUUUACGGUGGAAAUAAUUAUCAACAACCAAACGGUACUAUGGUGCAUCACUCGGGAUCCACACAGUCCUUCAAGCAGCAAAACGGCAUGCACACAAGCAUCAGUGAGAUCUUGAAGGAGAAGACGCUGAAGCCGUCGCGUCGCAGUCUGCCCUGCCUGGCUCAGAACCAGAUACACCCACAGAGCCUCAGCCACGUUCUGUCCAUGCCCUGCACCCCCGACGACAAGCCCCAGACACCGCCUGAGCUCCAGGACCAGACACGUGCCCAGCUCCAGACCCAGCAGGUCGACCCCUGGUUACAGCACCAGGCCCAGGGAAAGGACCACCGUCAGCUCCAAGCCCAGACCCAGCCUCUGACCCACAGUCACAGCACCUCCUGCACUCUCAUCCCCUCAAAGACAGAAGCUGCGAAGGACCACUAUGGGGAGGAGUCAGAUGCUGUGAUGGACCACUAUGGGGAGGAGUCAGAAGCUGUGAAGUUCCACUAUGGGGAGGAGUCAGAAGCUGUGAAGGACAACUAUGGGGAGGAGUCAGAAGCUAGUGCGUACAAGGCAGGAAGGACAGACGAGUCGUUUCUCAUUCAGAAACCUGCCAUCCGAGCCAAAUUAGAGGCACGAGCAGAUUCGCUUCAGGGGACCAACCCCGGGCAGCCGUCCGGUCUGAUGUUCAGAGAUGGGAAGAAGCGUAUCGAUUACAUCCUGGUCUAUAGGAAGUCCAGUCCUCUGGUGGAAAAGAGAGUCACCUUUGAGAGGAACCUGAGAGCUGAGGGGCUGAUGCUGGAGAAAGUGCCGUCUCUGACCGACACCGACAUCCUGUUUGUGAAGAUCCAUGUUCCCUGGGACACACUCUGUAAAUACGCUGAGCAGAUGAAUAUCAGGAUGCCAUUCAGGAAAAAAAUGUACUUUACGGAUUGGAAGAGCAAAGUUAUGGGCAGCCGGUUUCAUCUGAGGUGUCGUCAGAUAAAGAGUUGGUUACCCAGCAACCCCAUGAAGCUGGACAAAGAGGCCUUACCUGAUCUAGAGGAGACAGACUGCUAUACAGCCCCCUUCAGCAGGGCACGCAUGCACCAUUUUACCAUCAACAACAGACAGACGUUCUUCUCCAACUCCACCAGAAGCAGAAUAGUCCACCAUGUUCUCCAACGCACCAAGUAUGAGGACGGGAAGUCUAAGAUGGGUAUCAACAGGUUAUUGGGCAAUGGAACAUAUGAGGCGGCAUUUCCUCCACACGAGGGUGGCUAUAGGAGUCGACACCCUAUUAAUACCCACGGUGCCCAGAACCACAGACACCUGCUGUACGAGAGGUGGGCUCGCUGGGGCAUGUGGUACAAGUACCAACCCCUCGACCUUAUCAGGCGUUACUUUGGGGAGAAGAUUGGGCUGUACUUUGCCUGGUUGGGCUGGUACACUGGCAUGCUGAUCCCUGCAGCUCUGGUGGGUCUCUUCGUCUUCCUCUACGGACUCCUUACUAUGGACACUAGUCAAGUCAGUAAAGAGAUCUGUGAGGCCAACACAACAAUCAUGUGUCCCAUGUGUGAGCAGAACUGCAAACCCUGGAAACUCAGUGACAGCUGUGUCUAUGCUAAGGUGACCCAUCUCUUUGACAAUGGAGGAACUGUGUUCUUUGCUAUCUUCAUGGCUAUAUGGGCCACGGUGUUCCUGGAGUUCUGGAAGAGGAGGAGGGCGGAGCUGACGUAUGACUGGGACCUCAUCGACUGGGAGGAGGAAGAGGAGAAUCUGCGUCCCCAGUUCGAAGCCAAGUACUCCAGGUUAGAGAGAGUAAACCAUAUCUCUGGCAAGCCAGAGCCUUUCCAGCCCUUCACUGACAAACUCAGCAGACUCAUGAUCUCUGUGUCUGGCAUCUUCUUCAUGAUUUCUCUGGUCCUGACAGCGGUGUUUGCGGUGGUCGUGUUCCGACUGAUUGCCAUGGAGAAGUUUGCAUCGAUCGACUGGGAGUUUGUCAAGAAGAACUGGCAGUUUGCCACCUCUGGAACGGGAGUCUGUAUCAACUUCAUGAUCAUCAUGUCUCUGAAUGUGGUAUAUGAAAAGGUGGCUUACCUUCUCACCAAUUUAGAACACCCACGGACUGAGUCAGAAUGGGAGAACAGUUUUGCUCUCAAGAUGUUUCUCUUCCAGUUUGUAAACUUGAACAGCUCUACGUUCUACAUCGCUUUCUUCCUUGGAAGGUUCGCCGGCAGACCAGGGAAAUAUAACAAACUUUUCAAUAGAUGGAGACUGGAGGAGUGCCACCCCAGUGGCUGUCUGAUCGAUCUGUGUCUACAAAUGGGAGUCAUCAUGGUACUGAAACAGAUCUGGAACAACUUCAUGGAGCUGGGUUAUCCUCUGCUUCAGAACUGGUGGUCUCGCAGGAAAAUGAAGCAGACAGAGAGUAAGGAGAGGACAGGAGGGGGACAGAAUGUGGAGAACAAAGUACAGCUUCCUCAGUGGGACAAAGACUGGAACCUGCAGCCCAUGAACGCCCACGGACUGGUGGAUGAGUACCUGGAGAUGGUUCUCCAGUUUGGUUUCAUCACCAUCUUCGUAGCUGCGUUCCCGUUGGCUCCUCUCCUGGCUCUGCUCAACAACGUCAUUGAGAUCCGUCUGGAUGCCUACAAGUUUGUCACUCAGUGGAGGAGGCCCAUGCCUGCCAGAGCCACAGACAUAGGUAUCUGGCACGGUAUCCUGGAGGGGAUCGGCGUGCUGUCUGUCAUCACCAACGCCUUCGUCAUCGCCAUCACCUCCGACUACAUCCCCCGCUUCGUCUACGCGUUCAAAUACGGACCCUGUGUGGACAAGAGAUACCGUCAGGACGAAUGUCUGCGAGGCUACAUGAACAGCAGUCUGUCUGUGUUCGACAUGGGCGAACGCUGGAACGUGAGUGAGGAGCAGAGUAGAUACUGCAGGUACAGAGACUACAGAGCCUCUCCCUGGAGCCCAGUACCAUACGACUUCACUCUGCAGUUCUGGCACGUCCUGGCUGCAAGACUAGCCUUCAUCAUCGUCUUCGAGCACCUGGUGUUCGGAGUCAAGUCGUUCAUCGCGUACCUGAUCCCGGACAUGCCCAAGAGUCUGUGUGAUCGCAUGCGCAGGGAGAAGUACCUGACGCAGGAGAUGAUGUAUGAAGCAGAGUUGGAGCACCUGCAGGAGGAGAAGAAGAAGAACGGCAGGAGAUAUCACCACGAGUGGCCUUAGUGUCAGUCAUGUUACGUUCCCCUGUACUACAGUACCUCGUCGGCAUACCUACAGCAUAUACAGUACACUAACAUACUCUCUCUCACACACCAACACACCAACACACACACAUACACCCACACACACACACACCAACACACACACCAACAUACACA